AUGGACGACGACAAUGAAUACGACAGUUACAGUGACACGGUGGCGGAGGCGCGGAGGCUGCACCGCCGCAUCCCCACCAACAACAACGGUAACUACCGUCGUCAGCUUGCUGCAUUUCUGGCGCGGAACACGAGUGCCUUCCACGUGCCCUUGGCCUCACUCGUGCUGAACGUCUUUCACGUCACUGCUGAUGCUGACAUGGGUACAGCUGUUGAAGAGCGGUGCGUCACAAGUGCGCGUGUAGAGGCUUACUGCCGCCGUGGCGAGCUGCAGUGGUUCACCGUCGGUGAAUCGAAGCGGCACCGCAGUCUGCUCGAGUCUAAAUGA